AUGGAUCGUCAAAUUCGCCCCAUCUACGAGUCUCUGGACACGGGCUCGAACAAGUCGGCCAUCCUUGCUUGUAACAAGGUGCUCAAAAAGCAACCAAACAAUCUCCUUGUUAAGGCCUUGAAAUCACUCGCACUUGUACGCUCCCAAAAGGUCGAAGAGGCCCUUCUCCUUUGCGAUGAAGUACUCGCCUCAAAACCCGUGGACGACCCCACCCUCACCGCAAUGAUGCACGUCUUGCGUGGUCUGGGUCGCCAUAUGGAUAUGGUCACAAUGUACGAAGAUGCAUACAAGCAGCAGCCAGGCAACGAGGAGCUGGGUACCCAAACGUUCUUUGCGAAUGUGCGGAUAGGCAACUGGAAGGCUGCACAGCAGAUCGCUACCAAAAUGCACAAGCAGUUCCAAGACGAUCACUACCUGUACUGGAGCGUAAUGAGCGCAUUACUGCAGGCGCACGAUCCUACCACACCAGAAGCACUCCGGACAGUGCUGCUGAAACUCGCUCACAGACUCAUCUCUUCAUCUGCCACCCCCUCUUACUAUAACGCCGACCGCUUCCAUCUACACUUGACGAUCCUCCGACAACUCGGACUCUACGACGAAGCUUAUGAGAUGGUCGAGAGCGAAUCCGGCCAAAUAGUCUGCUCAAGCAACCUAUCAUGCGAAGAACUCCGACGAGAGAUCUGGAAGCUCAAAGGGCUGACCAAGGAGGCGGGAGAAGCCGCUGAGAAACGUAUCUUGGAAGCGAAGGACCGGAACUGGCUCGAAUUCCUCGCGGUGCUCGAUGCAACGUUUGCGGAUCUGACUUCCGAGGCGUCCGAUGUGGAGGCGGCGAAGGCGGCAACGUCACAACGUAUUGUGAAGACGCGAGAAUUCUUCGGCAAGGUCGUCGAGACGGACGGUGUGAGGGAUCGGUCAGGUCACCUUGCCCUGCUGGAGCUCGAGAAGCGUUCACGGCAACACGGACUCGCCACUGAUUCUUCUGCCCUACUCUCUCUUCUCGAGAGCUAUUUCCAGUCGUUUGGCGGCAAGGCCUGCUGUUACGAGGACUUGAAGCCCUACAUCGAAUUUGAGGGGGAAGAUCUCGCCAAGUGGACCGCUGUUCUGGAGAGGCAGACCGACGCCUUUACCACCGUGCCAGAUCUCUGGCGGUAUAUCAACGCGCAGAAGCUUCUCAGGUAUAACCUUCCCGCCUCCGCUCUGACUCCCGAUGCAGAGUCUCAACGAGCAGCCAAGCACGCGGAUCUGUACCUUACGGGGCUCACACUCGGCAGGGACUUGCCGUCAUACGACCUGCAGCCCGCGGACGACCUUGCGAUACUCUCCGUGCAAGCCUUCGUGAACAGCUGGAAACAGACUGGGGACGAGACUUACCUGUACAACGCCGUCGCACUGCUCGAGUAUGCUGGCUACCGGAGCAAGAAGUCGUACCAGAUCCGCCUGCACCUCAUCAGGAUAUACCGUUUGCUCGGGGCCCCCGCGUUGGCAUUGGAACACUACCGGGCUAUCAACGUGAAGCAGGUUCAGAACGACACGCUUUCGCACUUCAUCCUUUCGCGAGCGUCGACGUUUUCCCUGUCGUCAGUAGGAGAUCUUACGUAUACGUCCGAGUGCUUGGAGUCAAGUCGGAUCUAUCUGUCUAACUCCGAGGAGACCGCAGAGUUUAUCGUCCGCGCUUUCAGCGGAGAGAAAUACUCCCAGCUCCCCGACUUUAUCGAGUUCGAGGACCGGCUCGACAACUCUCUCCAGCGCGACCUCGUCAAGAUGGAACACGUCCGGAUGCGCAUUGCCCACGAGCCGAUCAACUCGGAGUUGGUCGACAUGGAGCUCAUCGAGCUGAAGUUCAUCUUCGACCGUGCCAUCAAAGUGCACCACGAUAACCGGGACUUCGACAUCCUGGCAAAUUACCAGCCGCGUGGCGUGGCGUCGUUCAACCAGCAGACGGAGUUCCUUGGGAAGACACCGAGUCUCGGAUGGCUCUGGGUGUUCCUCAAGGUCUACAUUAAGGCGUUCCAGCUAGCUAGCGACCUCGAUGAUUCGGUCGAAGAUAAAUUGCUCAUUGGUGACCGGCCAAAACCGAGCUACGACCCCGAGACGAAGCUUCCGCUCAACGAGCGGCUAGCCACGCGGAAGCCGGAGGAGAUCGCAGAGCUCACACCCGACGAGUCGGCGUUCUAUGACUACGCGUGUGCACUAUCAGAAUGGUUGACUCCCUACCACGACUACACGCGCCCACCACCAUCUGCCGUCCUAGCAGAGGCUGCGAAGAACACGGAGCAGAAGACUGGCCUUACGUUGAAGGGCUUGGAGAUUCCUUCGGAUGCCGCUUCAAACGGGCAAGCGAAGAAGGACGAGGAGCCUCCCGUCGUUGUUGACCCUCCAGCACUCAUCACGAAGUACUUCGAUGAUAUGACGCAACGUUUCAAGGACGCCCAGCAAGGCAAACUGUUCCCUCACGAGCUGCUGCACAUCGUCACUCUCACACAAGAGGCGUUCCUCCUCUUCGUGAUUGAGACAACUCGCUUCAAGACCCCCUCCGUGAUCAAAGUCAACAAGCUUAACGCUCUCGCGCAACACAUCAAGGAGAUUCGUGCCAAGGCAACCUCUGUUCUUGCGGAGAUUUCCGCGGCACUUAUCAGCUAUUCCGAGAAGGAGGGAACGGCAGAGCGGCGGAAGGAAGUCGUGGAGGCGUGCGCGCCCGUCACGUUCAAGACUAUGAUUGACCACGACUUCGUUCUGCAAGUUGCGAAGAGGGUCACGGGUGCUCGCCAACAGAUCACAGAGCACGUCGGGAAGGGCAUGGUUCGCGUGUGCAAGACUCACGCCUGA